AUGUGGCACCCGUCGUGCUGCUUAGGUGAUUACAAAUCCGGAAAUGUAGAUGAUCACCUUCUUGAUGUUGAAAACAAAUUGAAAAAGCUGUUGUGUGACAAAUGUAAAACCAAAGAUGAAUUAAUAAUAAAAUUACAGGCUUUACAACUGUCGAUACCACUUGCACUAGACAAAAGUCAAUAUGCCAAGAUAGGUGUCAUAUUGGAGCUGACACAAGAGGUUCAGAAAACUUUUGAUCUGACACAUGGUGAAGACGCAGACAUAUAUAAACAGUCUUCUAAGUGUCUACCACCAAGAUCACAUACAGUUUCAGAUAAAAGCUACCAGUUCAACAAACCUCGGGAGACAGGUGAACCAUCUGCAUGCCGGAAAACAAACAUAACCAGUGACAAAAUAGUCAGUCUCUUGAGGACAAAAGAACUGCUUUCUACUACAAAAGACGAAAUAUUGUAUCCAGGACAUCAACCUGUGAAUGACAAGUUUAUAUCGAGUAGAAAUGAGACCGAUUUGACGGCAGAUGAACUGACAAAAGAUGGAAUAACCAAGGAAGAUGAAACUAAAACAACGUCAUUAGUCAUACAGUCGAAUGAGACAGUUGAGUACAAAACAUUGCAACACAGCAAAACAUCAAUUUCUUUACUAAGAAAUCAGGAACUCCUAAACAGCAGGGAAACAGUAAUAAACGAAAAUAAAGAGUGUGGAUCUUUUAAAACAUACAGGGACGAAACUAGAGGAAGGGAAUUAGGACCAGAAAAUGAUAGCAAAUGUCUGUCUUCUUAUGAAGAUUUACUUAAACAUGGAAAUGAUGUUAUUAGUAAUGUAGUAUCUCUACGCAAAGAUAUACAAGAAUAUGAUAUUGAUGUGGUAUUUCUACAUCCAGAUAGACCAGAAUAUGACAGAAUGGCCGAGAAAGUUUUAGAACAUUUGAUGAAAUUGGCUCCAGAUCUAAAAGGAGAUCUAUCCAGUGAUGUUUUCAUUCCAGGGGAAAGCUUUUUUCAAUUAGAACAUUUGUUUAAAAGACAUUACAUUUUUGUUUUAAUAACGCCUUAUUACAGCUUACAAGAAUCUAAUGUUUUACGUCAUCAAGUAGAAAUAGUAUUAAACAUGUCCUUGAGAGAUCAUGAUAAGAAGGGGAGAGUUAUUCCAGUUUUGAUGGAAAAAAAUAUCGACCUACCAAGUGAAUUUGCAUCCAUCAAGCCAUUCAAAUUUUACUUAGCAUUUUCAGAAGAACAAAAAGACAAAAAGCAACACGUCUCUAGAAUUAGCGAAUUAUUUUUAACGAAGUUAUAUAACGCUCAUUCAUGUAUUACUUAAACGUAUAUGUUAAGUUAGAGACUUUAUAAUAAGACUGCAAUCUGUUACAAAACAGCAAAACAUUAUGUGAUCUGACAUUUGUUAUUAUGAGAUAUUUGACGUGUCAUUAUAACUUGCAAUUUAUAUUUGAUAACUAAAGGAGUAGGUCCAGUAAGACCCUUUUUUGGCCCUAAAAUAUAGCAGUUUUACAAAAUUGUUAAAAUGUAAUUUUUAGUUAUUUAUUGGACAGUAGAAUGUUUCUUCUAUAUAAAUAUGGGCUGGUUUUUUUUUUUUAUUGUACAAUGCACAUAUAUUGGAUAUAAGCACCAUUAAGCCACGCCAAAUUACUGAAAUCUUCACAAUUACCGCAUUUUAGUUAAA